AUGUCCCCUCCCCACCUUCCCACUACCAUCACCACACUCACAUCCAUCCUCACCACCCUCCUCCUCCUCACCUCCUUCUCCCUAACAACCUACACCCUAACGACCUACCUCCACCUCGCGCACACCGCAACAUCCCUCGUGCCGAAGGUCAUCAUCCACGACACCGCCAUCAUCGCCACAACAUCCUACCAUAUCUUCACGACGAUCCUGACCUGCCUGACAUUUAUCACGAUCUACUUCCUCUUCCCUAGAUUCAUCUUCGCAAAGUCAAACGCCAACAACAAUCACCCCUCAUGGAUCCAAAAAGCACUGAUAUCCCUCGCAACCCUCCUCCUCACGACAAGUCUCCUCGCCUUCACGGUCAUCCUGGCUACCAGAAAGAUGUCCUUUGGGGACGUGGGCCCGCGUGUUACUGUCUAUUUAGAUGAGAGUUUGGGUGAGGAGAGUCUGGUUUAUAGGGAUGAUGGGAGGGGGGUUGCGGGUGUUGUUUUGGGGUGUGGUUUGAUGAUGGUUGGAGGGAAGAAGGAUGAGCAGAAGGGAGAUGGUGAUGGGAAGUGGGUGGAGAAGGGGGAGGUGGAGGAGAGUAGUAGGGCGGAGAGUGUGUAG